AUGGGUGAUGACGAUUUUGAUGUCCUCCACACCACCAUAACCCGGAAUGCUUCUGGGUGUACAGCCCCUUCAAUCAUUAGCAGACAUAUCCUGAGAUCUUAGCAGCAUGCAAGCAUCAUGAGGUGUACAAACAUGGCGGCUACCUCAGAACUCAUGUGUGGGGAGCAGCAAGAUGGCUGCGGACUGGAAGUGUGCUGUGAACCAAGUAACUAACUGUGUUCAGCCAGAAACAUUUGUAGUGAAGAUGGACGAUUCCGAGACCGACCACCGGGAAGAACCAGGAGCAGCUCAGUAUGGAAACUUCCGGAACUACUACACCUUUCAUCCGCCUGAGGCCCGCACAAGCCUCCUGCCCCCAGGACUGCUGCUGGAGCUUUUGGAGAAACAUGGCGGAGAACAGGAGGCGCUGCUGGCGCUGGAUGUGGGCUGUAACACGGGAGAGUUGAGUAUUGCUCUGUAUAACCAUCUCCUGCAACCAGAGGGAUGUUCAGAACCCCUAAAAUAUGUCCACUUCAUGUGCUGUGAUAUUGACCCUGAUCUGAUCACUAGAGCUCAGAUUGCCAACCCUUACACUGAUGCCAUCACGUUCUCUACUCUGGACAUUACUGAUGUCUCAUCGUUGGGCACUUUGUGCAAUUUUUUGGAAAGGUUUGGCCGGUCCUCUUUUCAUAUUGGAUUCUGUAUGUCUAUAACAAUGUGGAUUCACUUAAAUCAUGGUGACAAUGGCCUCACUGACUUUCUUAAUCGGCUAAAAACACUCUGUGACUAUUUGCUGAUCGAGCCGCAGCCCUGGAAGUGUUAUCGGUCAGCGGCCAGACGGCUGCGUAAGCUGGGCAGACAGGACUUCGACCACUUCCAUACUCUAUCCAUCCGUGGGGACAUGGAAAAGGAAAUAACGGAGAUCAUGACCAAAGAUGGCAGCUCGGAGCUCAUUCAUCGCUUUGGAACAACUAGUUGGGACAGAAGUCUUUUGCUUUUUAAAAUUAGAAGACCCACAGAGCUUUCUGUUUAGCGUGUUUUUUUUUGCGCAUUUUUAUUUGCUGUUGCGCUCUUUUCAGCUCUCUGUAUCCUGUACUUUAGUCUGCAGUGCAGAUACACAGCCACCUUGUAUGGUUAGCUUACCAGUUGUGGUAUUCAAUGUAGUGGCAGCAUAUGCCCUUACAUGGAGGUCAGAGGUCCUAGGGAAAAAAGUGUGGGAACUCACCAAAGAUUUCCACUCAAGAGCUGGUCCUGCAGGACUCCUGCUAAUGGGAACCGUGUUCCUGAUGGAGGUCCUGUAAUAUCCCCAGACCUCUGAAAGGGGUACUGUUUGCUAACAGAUGGGACCUUGUUUUUGUAUGGUCACUAAACUGCAAAUAUGGACAAAUUGGUUGGUGUACAUCUGUUUACCCCUACCUAAAUGGUAUUCUCCACAUGCACCAUUUAGUUUUUUUCUCUUUGUUACAGUGGAAUUCAUAUUAAAAGGACCCAAAGUUGCAUAUUUUACGCUUGGAUUACACAACCCCUCAUUUUGCACACUUCCAAAAUGCAGUUUUUAUGGCUU